CAACUCCAUCGGCUUUGGAUCACCAUCGCAUCCAUCGCAUCUUUGCAUCAUCGACAUCACAUCCAUCGUAUCAACCGCAUCAACCGCAUCAACCGCACUCCGUGGUUGAUACGCCAGAGCCCGCAUCCACAAUGACCUUGCUCGAGACCUCGUACGAAUACCUGACAACCGUCGACCCGGCCAUCUGCCACUUUGAGUUUGAGGAGUUCAUCCGAUCGCCCGACAUCCUGCCGUUCAUCGAUCGCCCCGUUCCAACCGAGAUCUGCAAAGCGUUCCAGCGGGGCAACUGCCCGAGAGGCCUCGCCUGUCCGCUCAAGCAUGCAAGGCCGGACCGAUCCGUUGUCUGCAAGCACUGGCUGCGUGGCCUGUGCAAGAAGGGCGAUAUGUGCGAGUUCCUGCACGAGUACAACCUCAAGAAGAUGCCCGAGUGCUGGUUCUUCACCAAGUAUGGCGAGUGCUCGAAUCCCGAGUGCAUGUAUCUCCACGUCGAUCCCGCUUCCAAGAUGAAGGACUGUCCGUGGUACGAUCGAGGCUUUUGCAAGCAUGGUGCCAAGUGUCGACACAAGCACGUCCGAAAGGCGAUCUGCCCACUCUAUCUGACUGGAUUCUGCCCCAAGGGACCCGACUGCGCGCUCGGCCAUCCCAAGUACGAGCUGCCGAAUAUGAACGAUCGCCCGGAUCAAGACGGGCACGACGGCAAGGGAGGACCUGGACGCCCCCCAGGACGAUCGAGGGAGGAUCUGGUUUGCUUCCGGUGUGGCGAAAAGGGCCACUAUGCCAACAGCUGCCGGAAGCCGCAAGCCAACCGACGGACCGAGUCGAACGUCGGUCGACCCAUUCCGACUGUCUCAUAGUUCAAAGUGGCCACGCCCUCUUCGUUGUGCGAAGGCAGCCGACACGGAGGGCACAAAUGUCAUAUCCAUGUAUCCUUUGUUUGAAAUAUAUCCAAAU